AUGGGUGCGAGAGCUCACGACAGCCGAGAUCAGAUCAAGCGAGCGUGGUACCGUCACGUGUCGGAAUUGCCCGAGAUAGGAGCCAGAACGUCUUCGCCCAAAGAGGCGAGCGCGCAGAGCAGGCGCACGGGUCCAGCACCCAGCAUGCGCAACAGCCCGGCCAGCCCGGUGCGCAACGGUGCUACCAACACUAGUCGCUCCCACCUCGUUGUGAGCCCGACGCAUGUCACUCGACGAGGCUCUGUCAAGCCCGUUGGACCGGGGCUGGAUCCGCUGGCCGUAACGGCGCUGGAUCUAUACGAGUCGCACCCCCACAUCGACCACGAGUCGCGAGCGCUGCUGCGGACAACAUCGCCCACGUCUCCGGGGAAGGAGUCUGUUGGCCUGCUGCCGAACGUGCAAUACGUGCGCAUGAUGGGCAUCGGGUCGUUUGCAACAGAGGACCUUCUGUGGGACGUUAUGCUCCGCUCCGGCGUGGCAAUGGACGACGCGGUCGGUAUCUUCACAGUUCCAUAUCGUACGAGCUGGACAGCCGAAAACGGAGACACGCAGGGCUUCCAGCGCUUCUACACCGGCUCGCGGCAGCAUCGAUUCAGCAAAGUCACGUUCGUCGCGAACCACAAGCCGAACCUGGGCGGGACGGUGUUUGAAUUCAUGGCCGACGAAGUCGACUUCGUCCUCAUCCCGCCCAUGGGAUACUUCCAGCCCACCGAUGCCGACGAGCAGCGCCGCAUGAAGCGCAUUGCGCAGUACUGGCAGGCGACCAUCGACAAGCUGCGCAAGUUCUACCCCCGGACCAAGUUUACGCUAGUCGGUAUCGAGGCAUGGGGCGGCGGGUGGCUCGAGAGCGCCGUCAAGAAGAACGGACCGAACUUCGAGGCAAUCACCAAGAACGAGUACAGGCGGAGAAUACCGCACGAGGAAUAUCAGCUCGUCACGACGGCGCUCUCUGACCUUCGAGCAGUGUAUCCCAACAUGUGGCCGCCGCAGGGCUCGAACACACUCUCUGACGAAAGCCCAUGA